CUCGCACGUUCGGGCUCAGCGAGACAUUCAUCAGCCAUUUUGAGAUUUUGUCGAGUAUUACUGAGAUUUGAAAGGAAAAUUUAGAAAAGGGAAUGGAUUGGAGUUAUCGAAAAACGAUUUUCUUGUGUCUAACCUUCGUAACGGUAAGUACAUUUUGUAGUUUGCACCGACUCGAAGGCCAAGAGGAAGAAAUUUACUAAGUUUACACAUUAAGAAUUUUAGUUAUGAUGGCCCCGACGAAAUGGUCCUGAUUAACACUUCGAAAUGUGCCAUGUCUCAUAACUUCCAAAAUCAUUCAAAAACUACUGUCAUUUGAUAGUCGUAGUUGUUGUUUGAGUAGUCACUGAGCGCUGAUUUGCUUGGGCGAAAAUGUAAGAUGAAUCGAGUAUUUCUGAUUUAAGACAUUUCCCGUUUCGACAAUUCGCUUCAAACCGUAAGGCAGAUAUCAAUUUGACGCCCUUUCGCAAUGACUUGCAAGCUUCUCGUUACUUCUCUCUCUCUUCAAUUUUGCCAUUAAUGUUUUAAAUAAAAUUAUCUAGUUCGUGUUCAAGAAACGAGGACGUAAAAUCAAGUGAACUAUUCUGAAGAACAGCGACAUUUCGCUGAGAAGAAUAUGUAAACCCAGCUUCGGAACGGGCUGAAUUAACAACCCAUUCAACGUUGUAAAAACAAGGUUUUAUUGUUAGAAUACAUCUACAGCUCUCUUACUCUAUGGAAUUAUCAAAGAGAGGAACGUAGAAUUGGUAUUAAAACUCUUAAAAUUUUCAAAUGAGCGCAGUAUCUGUGAAAGCGGACGAAGAUCGAUUGUUGUUGACAUAGUGAUUGUACCUUCUUGUAUCAUAUUACACCGAUUUAAAGACGAUUUUGUUCAAUAUCAAAGCAACAAACUAGACCACGCAAUUUUUAGUUCAAGACGUGUCGUUUAUUGUCCAUGGAGGAUAUAGAUGGAAACAGUCUUGUCUGAAACGAAUUGGUAUAUAGAGAUUCAGGUGCAAUACAAGACAAAGCAUCCGCAUAUCUCCGAAUUUGUCACAGACAGUUCGAUUGCACACAAUAUGCUCUUAAAUUGGAAAGUUGUAUUGACAAAGCUUAAACUCGGUAUUCCUAAAUUGAUUUUUCCGCAAUAGUUUUCUGAAAAUGCGUGUUGUUUGUCUUGCUGUAAGCUUUGCUAGUAUUUCCUGUGAUGCGUAUUACAUAAGUACGGAACGCAUAAGUAUAGAUGUUAGUUCAGAUAGGUCUCCUUUUAACCUGUAUAACACGAAGGGCCCACAAAAAAAUUUAUCUUUUGUAGUGAUCAGAAGGGCUUACUUUUACAGCAAAUUGGAAACAUAUAAAUAUUGAUUUUCUGUCCUUUCCCUAUAUUCUUGUUCCAUACACUUCUAAUUGAGGAAAAUUUCAAGGGUAAAUCCCAACUUUAUGGAACUCAAUAGAAUAUGUGAAGUUACAGAUGUGUUUCAGCUUUCUCCUCUGUUUUUUAGUUUUUUUUUUUUUUUUUUUUUUCAGCCAUAGUAUAUUAUGAUUCCUCUCAGAUGAAUAUUUUGGUGUCAAAACUCUUUGAAUAUUUGAAAUGAGUUUUAUCUGUACACUGUCAUGAUGUGCUGGUUGAAUUGGUUCAUGCAGAGUUUUACAGACUUACUUCAUGCAAACAUCUACCUCAUAGGCUUUUGUGCCAACCAAGUGUUUGUUAAUUAAAGCCCAAAGCAGAUCCCUAGGUUUUUCAUGGUGAUAUAUUGAUGGCUUAAUUAACUCCUUAUAGUUUAAGAUGUGAAAAGGACCAGGGAAAUCUCUGGCAUAUUGUGUUCAAAAACCUUGUCGUAAACUGCAGUUUGAUUCAAGGACAUUGCUAUAGUUUGUUGUUUUCUUCAAUCCCUGUGGUGAUACAUUUUGCUAGGUUGUAAUAAAUUAUUGAUGUUUCUCGACCCUUUUCAAUUAUUUUGUUCCUCUAUAAUCAUUUUUUCCACAUUUCUUGAUGUAAUAAUUCGGUGUGUUCAGUAUUUCUUUGAAACCUGGUAAUUAUUCCAUUAAUAUCUGCAAUUUCUACACUACAUGCAUGUAUUUUAGACUUGAGUACUGAGAGUAGAUAAACAUUUCAAAAUCUCUCUUUGGUAAACAGCUUUUCCAGUUGUGGAUACAAAAGGGUAAAAAUGGUAAAUGGCAAAAUUUUAGGGAUUGAUAUGUUCUUUUCUGCAUCAAUUCUAAGGUAUUUUGUUCCACCAACAAGUUCAAUUUUUUGGUCUAGAUGUCAACUGUAGGCAGGGUUGUAGAUAAGAGCUGGCAGCCCUAACAUUUUGUCCACCAUAUUGGAUUUCAAGAUCCACAACUGUUUACCUUUAAAAAGCUCUGGCUACUUAAAACCUUAAAGAAAACCCUGUGUAGGGGGAAAUAAUCUAGAUAUUAAGCAUCAUCUUGGAAUGCAAACAGAGUCAACACUUUCUCUUUGUAGAUGCACAUGAAGUUAACUUUCUCAAUGGUUUAUUUUAUAUACUUAUUGUAAGAGAAAAUUCCUCUUAAUACUGUAAUCUUUGUUUGUUUGUUGAGUUUAAAAUGUGUGGCAAAUUUUUUAUGUUCACUAGUCACUAGUUUGUAGAAGACAAUUUACACAUGCCUAUUGUAAGAAGUGCUUGUUCACAUAGUAUUUUCCUUUUCAGGCAGUAAUCAAUAAAAUCUAUUGACUAUAAUACCCCCUAUUAUCAUGUAAAAUUGAUUGGAACACUUGAAAAUUAAACUUAAAAAUUUCUUCUACUGGUUGGGCUUAAAAUAAGGAAAAACACUGUACAGUUCGCAUGGUAUCUGAUUAGUUGAGAGGAUGGUGCAAGUUUUUUGUACCAAUUACAGAGGAAAGUUUAGUAAAACCAUAGUAACCUUGGAUUACUUUCAACUCUCAAUUAAACAUUGCAUUUAUUCUUGCAUUGUGUUGGUUUAGGUUGGAAAUGCACUUGUGGAAAAUCUGAACGAUGAUUUAGACUAUGACCCACAAGUGGCCAUUAAGUGUGGCAAAGUGACCAGGCACAUUGAUGUCAACACUGGAAGCUGGGAAGCAGACAAAAACAGCACUAGUCUUUGUGCCGUAACUAUGAAAGAAAUUCUCAAGUAAGGAUGUGGAGUGAUGUUAUGUUGACAGUCUCCAACCCUCUGUAACCCCUAACAGUGACUAGCAUUGAAUUUUUCCUUACAAUAUCACACUUGAAUCCAGCUUAUAAGGUCAUGAAAAUAAUGGGAAGGAUCACCUACUAAAGAAGGUCUUGAUUGUCAAACAAAUUAUCUUUGCAAAGGAAAUGCUAAGAGAACAGUAAAGGAUUUUGUAAAAUUGGUACAAUGUCGAACAAAAUUGUUUUGGUGUUAAAACAGUAUUUCAUUGAAACUUCUCACUCAUUUUGUCAAAUGUUUUUUUUCUGUUACUAGGUAUUGCAAGGUCAUCUACCCUUCACAAGAUGUGAGAAAUGUUGUUGAGGGUAACAAGCAGGUGUUAGUGGAUGGCAGCCUUGUCACUCCAUACCGCUGUCUUGGUAAGUCAGUUAGGAUUAUGCAGAUCAUACUCUGAUUGGAGCAGUAACUUGAAGGGGUGAAUGGAAGAAAGCUCAGUAACUUUCACUACAUUGCUAGAGUCUCACUUCCUGAUUGAAUCCUUGUGAAACAGAGGAUUCUUUGUUCCACCUUUGUAAUCAUCAUGUAACUUCUCUCAAUAAUAUCCAUACAUUAUUCGGCAAACAGGCAACAAGACGACUCAGACUUGUUAUUUAGAAGUUUUUAUCUUGAUUGAUAAUACCAAACUCUCUUAACCCUUUAACCCCUAAGAGUGACUAGCAUCUAAUUUCUCCCAACAGUAUAACCCCCAUAUCACACAGUAAGGUCAUGAGAAUGAAGGAAAUGAUCACCAACUAGAUAUUCUCUUGUUUGAAAAACAAAUUUCUCCUGUCAGCACUUUAGGAAUUGUAUCGGAAACAGUAUGGAGAAUAGGGUGUAAAGGGUGAACUAAUUUAUUAGGAAAUGUCAAAGAACCAGAGGGGAAAAUUAACAACCAAAUCUUGGGAGUCGAAGGGUUGUGAUCUAUAGUUUUGGAAACAAUUUGUUAAUUGUGUAAAUUUUGUCAAUGAGUUAUAAUAAAGAUGGUUGCUUAUCUAUUCAUGAUAGUUGGCCCUUUUGAGUCAGAUGCCUUACUGGUGCCCCCAAAAUGCCGUUUCGAGCAUAUGCAUGAUGACAGCAAUUGCCUCUCUCAUGACCAGUGGCACACUCGAGCUUCAGACAAAUGCCAGAGUGAAGGCAUGAUUGUUAAGGAUUAUGGUGUCCUUAUUCCAUGUGGUACUGGAAAGUUCACUGGCGUAGAGUUUGUAUGUUGUCCUCAAGAUGCCAGUGACGAGAAAGCAACUGAUGCUGCUAAGAUUGUGCCAAUUUCUGAGGCAGCUGGCACAUCAAAGCCAACCAGUGUUAUGGAACACUUGAAACAAGAGAUCAGCAAGUUUGCAAAGCAUGUCGAAGAAAGUACAAUUGGUAUGUUGUGGAGGUUGAAAAGUACUAUUUCAGAUUGUAGAUGGAGUAUCAUUUUGCAGACAGACACAUAUACAUGUAUGUGCAUAAUGUGUUAUUGGAAGUUGUCAGUGUUGAACUGACUUUCAAGGAUGGCUAACUCCCAUGAGUGACCAAGAUGGAAUUUCCCUUUUGGUUUCGAUGGAAUAUCAAGAAGACCAGUGACAAGAAUAAAGCAAAAAUAUUAAUUAGGAGAUUAUUAUUUGAUUUGAUACCAAAUUCUCCCCACUGACAUCAUUACAAUUGUAUGAGAAACAAUAAGGAGAAUAACUUAUGAGAUCUUGAGGGUGAAAGGGUUGAAAUAAGACAGAUUUUUUAAAAUUUUCAUCACCUGGAGCAGUGUCUUUUUUCUCUUUCAUGGCUUAAUGUAUCAUUAUCAAAUGCAUUUUGUUGACCCUAAGGUUACAACUGAAUUUACUUUUUUUUUUUUUUUUUUUUUUUUUUUUUAAACACAACCAUGGUAGAUCUGAGGUCAAUUGUAAUUGCAGUCUAUGACAUUCACUGUACAGCUGUCUUUCAUUAGAAGUGAUCCUGUAUGUUCUUGUUGUUGUCAGGUUGUGACCGACAGAAGUAUCAUGAGCGACGUGACAAACUGGAAGAGACCCACAAGACAAAGGUCCAGUCAUUGAUUGAUAACUGGAGAAUGUCUGAGAAACGAUACAAGUUGUUGAAAUCAACCGAUGAAGACCAAGCAGCUGGUUCAAUUUCAGGUGAGCUUUGCAGAUUUGGGUGUUUUGCAUGGUUAAAAAUGAUUCAAUUAGAAUUGGGAUGGAAAACAUUGUUUAAGAUGUUUACUUUGUUGUGAAAAACAUGCAACUAGCAAAAGCCAGUUUUACAUUUACAUCAAAGUUCCUUUGAUUUUUGUUAGUUUUGUUGUUGUUGUUGUUUUUCAUAAAAACAGCAAUCAUAUAUUGUAUACCUACAUGUACAUAAAUGAUAAAGAAAGAUGAUCGUGGUUGUAAAUGUUGCAGAGAAGAACCAGUAGAACUGCUUUUUUUCAUUCAGAUUGUGAAGAUAAAAACAUCUUUUGAGUGUCUCUUGACAUAAGAAUUAGUGUUCCUUGGCAGCCCCAUACCAUUCCAACAAGGCCCUGACCUUGGUAUGACUAUUAGUACAGUCUGUGGGUUGAUUCCAGCCCCAUUAUACAUGAACAUACACUUGUAUUACUGCUGAUACCUUGAACAUGCUAAAAAGGAGAGAGGUACAUUAUGCCUGUCAGGCAAGUUGCACAGACCAAUCAGUCGUGGGACUAAAUGUUCAGAACUUACAGAUUUAUGUAUUACAAGAAACUUUGAAUUUCAAAUUCAAAUAAUUUCUUACAGCGGACCUUGAGACCUUCAACAAGAUGGUGAGCUCCCUUGAAGAUCAGGUUAAACUGGAGCGUGCCAGACUGAAGGAAGAGCAUCACCAGUGUACACAGAUUGACCUUAAUGACAAACAGAACAAAGCAUUGGCUGACUAUGUUGCUGCCCUACAGGAAGAACCUCAAGAUGCCAAUAAGAUUCAGGAAGCUGUGCAGCGCUAUGUGAGAUUCUGCACUCAGGAUCGUCUGCACAAGUAAGCUGACUUGGUGCUGUUAUAGAUUUCUGAAGCAGUUAACCCUUUAACUCCCAGAAGUGAUUAGCAUGAAACUUCUCCCUACAAUAUCUGUACAUUAUUCUGCAAAUGGGCAAUGAGAAUAUUCAAACUUAUCAGGUAGAAGCUGCUAUCUUGAUCCAGCAUCAAGUUCUCAUAACUAAUUUACAAGGAAAUGUUUAGCAGCUAGAGGAGAGAAUUAACAAUCAGAUCUUGGGAGUUAAAGGGUUAAGCAUAAGUGGUUUGAAAUGUAUCUGCCUUUUUGGAGGCAAAAAAGUACUAUACACCUUGCCUUAUUCAUCCUUUAUUGUGUGGUUACUCUUCAGUUUGCGUUACUUCGACUAUGUGCAGAAGCACCAUCCUGAGAAAGCUGAGGAAGCUCGAGAAUCACUGCAAAACCACUUGAAACACAUCAAUAAUCUUGUGAAUGAGUCUAUGGUACUGCUGUACAAGCUGCCAGACAUUGCACGCAAGUUUCAUUUGGAAUUGCCAGAGUGGAUCCCAAAACCACCUGUCCUGGUAAGUAUGAGGGCAGCAAUAAAAUGUUGCCACAAAUUUUUUUUUGAUCUGAAAGAAUCAAAAUCGGUGUAUUUGAAGCAAGUGGUGAAGUUGAUGUCAGAUAAGGGCAUUGGUAUCAGUCCAUUCUUAAAAUUUUACAAUCUGGCCUUAUCCAACAAAAUUUAAUGAAUAUUUCGAGUUGGGAAUUCCACUCAAUGAGUUGAGAAAUUUUGUUUUGCAAAAUCAUGGGAAUUUACCAUAAACCUAACACUGGGGAAUUUGUGAAGAUGAGCAGACAAGCCUUAUUUUGCAGUGCUUAAUUAAAAUGGUAUCAUGUUGUGGACAUUUUGGCAACAUUACCAGGUCUAUUAGUUCACUAUGGUGGGUAUUUGGUGCCACAUUUUAGAUACUUAACAGGCACUGUGAACCCAUGCUUAUUCAUGCGUUUUUUAUGAUCAGCCCACCACAGAGGCACCAACAGUGGAGAAGAGCUCUGCAGCCAAAGAUCCCACAGACCCACCAAGCCAUGUUGGAAGUCAACCUGCAGCUACUAACGUGGGUGGCAUGGGUGAGUCAAGUCAGUGCCGUGUCAUACAUGCCGUGUCUGUGUUACUAAGGGAUUUGAUGGAGGAAUAUUGAUCAGUUGUCUAAGUCUUACCACCUUUUCUGCAGGUAAACCUGAGCAUGGAGAUGAUGAUGAAGAUGUGGUCGAGGUUGAGGAACCUUACAAGAAGAAGGGUCAGUUGUUGGCAUUAACUUUUAACCUCCUAAGUGUUUGAUAUGCGUCUCUCUCCUCUAUCUGAUGGAAAUUUCCAUGUACAUUAGCGAAGAUUCUGGUACAACAUUAUGAUAAAGCCCUUCAACUGAUAAGUUGGUUUAUUCGCUAUAAGUAUCUUCUGGACAAACACUAAAAUUUUUAUAAAAAGCUUUAUGUUAAUUGCACCUGGCAUUUAUACAGGUUAUGGCCUAAGAUGCCUUCUUUUGUUGACAAAUCUUUACCUUUGUUUUGUUCUUAAAGGUAAAACUGCAGCUUCCAAGAAGGAUGAUGAUAUUGAUGAUGAUGACGAAGACGUUGCCGAGGAUGAGGAAGGACCCUUCAGAAGGAACCAUUCACGAGCCACCUUCUCUGCUGUCAUUGGCCUCAGCUGCGGUGCCUUGGUCAUCAUGAUCAUCAUCGUGGUUGCUAUGGCCAUGCGCCGAACGCGACCUAGCAACAACACCAAGACAGUUCUCGUCGACGAGGACGCAGAAGGUGCUUCCGAGAAGAGCCAUCUCGUCAACAUGCAAGAAAACGGCUACGAGAAUCCUACUUACAGGUUUUACGAUUACUGAGUAGCGUGCUUGUAUCAUUUUUUUUGAGAACUCUUUUUUUCUGGGUGGAAGCCUGUGUUAUUGACUACUUUCAAUAUUGUCGACCGGUCGAGGCGCUUGUCUGACUCUGAAUGUGUUUCUAUAGGAUGUAUUUGUCACUUGAUAAACGAAGUCUUUCAGAGCACAUCAAUGUACUUAACGCAAGUAGAAUAGAAGUCUGAAGAGCCAAUCUUUUUAUAAUCGUACUAGUAUACUUAACGGCUUUUUCAAGAGAGGGUUUAUUCUUCAUAGAGCAAUUUCAGAUUAGCGGUCGCCGCAGAGAUCAAUACCAAACUUAUGUAACUUUCUAGGUUACACUCAUUUGCACUAGGCGUCGCAAUCAUACUUAAAUAUUUGUCACGUGUGCGGGACAUGAAAAACUCAUCUUCUUUCUUUGAUGAUCUUAGCCCUUUUUUAUCUUUACCUCGUCAGUCUGAACAUGAAAGGAAAUUUAAAAUCGGACACUACAUUUUUACCCUGUAAAUCCUCUCAGUUUGAAGCCUUGUUGUAGAUUUUAUAGCGUAAACCAAGGAAUUGAAUCCUAAUUUAGACAGGAACAGUAUUUAAAUCACUUGUAAACUGAACAGUAUUUAUUGGGAAGAGAACUGUAAGUUAGCUUCAAGAUCAGUUUGCACUUGCACUUGAUUACAGUCAACUUUGUCGUUUGGGGGCUCGAACUUCGAUCUCGGUCGGGAAAUUGAUCGGAACGAAUCACGCUGGUGAAUCGCUGGAAAUUGAUCUGCACUCUGAAUGCGGUCGAAUCGCGGGAAAGCCGCGGUAAGUGUGUGUUGAGCGAGAAGACUACAUGUCGAAUUCGUUUGUUGGUCCCUCAAAGAUUGAGUUGACAUAAAAGUUCAGCUAAUUAUGCAACACCUAGACGAGAAUAAAGGCAUUGAUUUGUCGAGGAAGCAACAACUUUAGGAAGACCAGUAUCGGCAGCAAAAAAAGCUUUUACCUCAGUUAGCUUGUGAUGUCUUGAAAGAUAAAACAUAAUUUACUUUUAAAUACCAUAACUAUAACCCUGUUAUAUUUUUUGUUUCCACCAUUUCCAUUUAAUGAUCAUUGAUUUCGUUUUGGAUGAGGUUACUAAUGAGACCACUUAAGUUGAUGUGAACUUAGACUCCCUAGAUCUGAUUGAUACUUCUCCCCUCUAGCUGCAACACAUUUCCUUGUAAUUUUGUCUCUAGAAUAUGGUGGUUGAUCAAGAUAACUUCUACUCAAAGUCUGAGUAUUCUCAUUACCUGUUUGGUAUGGAAUACCAUAGGGAGAAGUUACAUCUUGAUCACUUGUGGAAGUUCAAGAGUUCAACGUGUUCCUAAGGAGACCUAGUGAAUGCGAUCUCCCCGAGAAGAUCUCCUUUUCUUAAAGCUCAGAGCACUAUAGGAAUUAAAACAUGACGUCGGAUUGCUGUCACAAAAGUAAGCUUUGGUGUUGCAAAGGAAGCUACAACAAAAUUGCUUGGUUGAAACUUAAUCUGUCUCUAUGGUGGAUUCAAUCUUGGUUAGACCUCCACCCCCCAAUCGCUCGUAUAACUUUUAAGAAUACCUAAAUAUUUAAGAAACUUGUAUUAGAUUAAAGCGUGUCGGUACCUUGAUAGUUAAAAUGUAAAGCACUGGGAUUUGGCUAAUAAAUAGUACAAUUUUUAGUACCAUAAUUUUUGUGUGAAUCGAAGUUAUUUCUUAGUAAUGAAUGAAUAAUGCCUUGGUAGCAUGACCCAACUGGGGUACAAUUAGGCUGUUAUUGACAUGAUAACAUUAACACUAUUGCUGGGGUCAUUUGGUGUAAAUCCCAAUUUCCGCACUGUGCCCUAUCG